CAAAAAGUAUCAAUUUUUCUCGUAUUUUGACACAAUUACUGCAAAUAAAUCGACCAAAGUGUGCUCUUUUCCAUCUGGCGCGGAUGCUGUAGCAAUAACACGUCAAGAUGCACAUUAAGCAAGUUAUCAUCCAAGGUUUUAAGAGUUAUCGGGAACAAACUGUCGUCGAGCCUUUUGACAAGCGACACAAUGUAGUUGUAGGACGAAAUGGCUCGGGAAAAAGUAAUUUUUUCUAUGCCAUUCAAUUCGUUCUGAGCGACGAAUUCACACAUUUACGCCCGGAACAGAGACAGGCGCUGUUGCAUGAGGGCACGGGAGCUCGUGUGAUGUCAGCUUAUGUCGAAAUUAUCUUUGACAAUUCCGAUAAUCGAGUGCCUAUCGAUAAGGACGAAAUUUUCCUGCGUCGCGUAAUUGGCGCCAAAAAAGAUCAGUAUUUCCUCAAUAAGAAGGUCGUUCCACGCUCGGAAGUCGUAAAUCUCCUCGAAUCUGCCGGAUUUUCCAAUUCCAAUCCGUACUACAUCGUGAAACAGGGAAAAAUUAAUCAAAUGGCGACCGCUCCCGACUCGCAUCGCUUAAAAUUGUUGCGAGAAGUUGCCGGUACACGCGUUUACGAUGAACGAAAGGAGGAAUCGAUGAAUAUUUUGCGCGAAACUGAAGGAAAAAUCGAAAAAAUCGACGAAUUUUUGCAAACAAUCGAGGAUCGACUGAAAACGCUGGAAGAGGAAAAGGAAGAACUCAAAGAGUACCAAAAAUGGGACAAGGCACGUCGUUGUUUGGAAUACGUAAUUCACGAAGCCGAACUAAAAGACACGAAAAAGCAACUUGAAGCCCUCGAAAAUGAACGAAAAAACUCCGGAGACAAGCAGAAACAGUACCAAAUGGAGUUGCAAAAGGUUCAAGAGCAGAUAAGGAACAUUACGCGUGCCGUCAAAGAAGCCAAAAAAGAAGUUGCGACAGCGAAAGACGAAAAAAGUGUUCUUGCGGCGGAACAACAGCAACUUUUACGCGAAAAAACCAAACUUGACCUCACAAUAAGUGACUUGACGGACGAAGUGCAGGGCGAUAACAAGAGCAAAGAACGCGCCGAGAUGGAGCUGAAACGUCUAAAAGCCACAAUUGAAGAGAAGGAAAAGGAACUGGAGGAAGUUCGACCCAAAUAUGAAGCUAUGAAACGAAAAGAGGAAGAAUGUUCGCGCGAAUUAUCGCUAAAGGAGCAAAAACGGAAGGAACUUUACGCCAAACAAGGCAGAGGAUCGCAAUUCAGCUCCCGCGAAGAACGUGACAAAUGGAUACAAAACGAGCUGAAAUCCCUAAAUCGACAAAUUAAGGACAAAAUCGGGCAUCAGAGCAAACUUACGGACGACCUGAAGAAAGAUGCGCAAAAACAAAAAGAGCUCGAGAAAAAAAUCGAAGAACAUGCGUCAGAAACGGAGCAACUUCGAGUCCAAAUCGACGAACACAACAAGCAGUAUUACGAGUUGAAGAAGAAAAAAGACGGAUUUCAAUCGCAACGGAACGAACUUUGGCGUCUGGAGACCAAAAAAACGCAAGACCUGUCCUCGCAAAAAGACGAACUCAUCAAAGCCGAUCAAGCGUUGCGUUCGAUGGCGGGCAAACCCAUCCUCAAUGGCAGAGAUUCCGUGCGAAAAGUUCUCGAAAGCUUCCUUGAACGUGGAGGGCAACAUGCGGAAAUUGCUCGAGCGUAUUACGGGCCCGUCAUUGAAAAUUUCAAUUGUGACAAGACGAUUUAUACGGCAGUUGAAGUUACGGCGGGAAAUCGUCUCUUUCAUCACAUUGUCGAAUCGGAUUUCGUGGGAACGCAAAUUCUGAAGGAAAUGAACAAGCAAAAGCUGCCGGGAGAAGUCACGUUUAUGCCGUUGAAUCGAUUGCAAGUGAAGGUGCAUGAUUAUCCCGAUGAUCCGGAUUCCAUUCCAAUGAUUUCCAAGUUGAAGUAUGAAGAUCAGUAUGACAAGGCGUUGCGAUAUAUUUUUGGGCGUACGCUGAUUUGUCGUAAUUUGGAAAGAGCGACGGAGUUGGCGAAGUCGAGCGGAUUGGAUUGUGUUACGUUAGACGGCGAUCAGGUUUCAUCUAAAGGUAGUUUAACGGGCGGUUAUUUCAACACGAAUCGCUCAAGACUCGAAAUGCAGAAAAAGCGCACCGAGUACAUGGAAACCAUCAAAGAGUGCGAAGAAGAACUGACUCGUUUGCGACAAGAACUCAAACAAACGGAGAGCAGCAUAAAUCAAAUUGUCUCAGAAAUGCAAAAAACCGAAACGAAGCAAGGCAAAUCGAAAGACGCCUUCGAAAAAGUCCAAGCCGACAUCCGUUUAAUGAAGGAAGAACUGGCGCGAAUCGAGCGUUUCCGUCAACCGAAAGAACGUUCGCUCGCGCAAUGCAAAGCCAAUCUCGAAGCGAUGAACAGUACAAAGGAAGGUCUCGAAAGCGAGUUGCACCAAGAACUUCUUUCGCAACUUUCGAGCGCGGACCAACUCGAAGUCGACACUCUCAACGACGACAUCCGACGUCUCAACACGGAAAACAAAGAAGCGUUUUCGCAACGUAUGCAACUCGAAGUGCGCAAAAACAAACUCGAAAAUCUCCUCACAAACAACCUUUUCCGUCGCAAAGACGAACUCGUGCAAGCUUUGCAGGAAAUUUCCGUCGAAGAUCGCAAACGACAACUCACAAACUGCAAAAACGAAUUGACUGUCGCGGAAAAACGCGUCGCCAAAGUCAACGCUGACUUGCAAGAAAUGGAAAAACGGGUACAGGCAGCAAUGAAGCAGCAAAAAUCGCAACAAAAAGAACUCGAAACGAAGAUCCAGCAGGAGAAAGAAAUUCAGGAAAAAGUCAAUGAAGACGGAAAACGCAUGGAAAAAUGGGCAGCACGCGAAAAUUUGUUAGUACAAAAGAUUGACGAGUGCACGGAGAAGAUUGCGGGACUCGGAGCGUUGCCACAAGUUGAUCCGGCGUAUCAGAGAAUGUCACUGAAGCGACUUUUUAGCGAAUUGGAGAAGGCGAAUCAGCAUCUCAAGAAGUACAAUCACGUCAAUAAGAAGGCGUUGGAUCAAUUUUUGAGCUUUUCGGAGCAAAAGGAGAAGUUGUACGCGCGGAAGAAGGAAUUGGAUGUCGGAGGAAUGAAAAUUCGUGAAAUGAUGAACCACUUGGAGCUCCGUAAAGUCGAAGCAAUCCAAUUUACGUUCAAACAAGUCGCUGCAAACUUCACAAAAGUCUUCAAGAAACUCGUUCCCGAUGGUGCAGGUCACCUCGUACUCAAAACACGUGACUCCGAUGGCAGCAGCUAUCACGACCAAGAUGUCGCCACGUCAGAUGACUUCGUCGGAAUUGGUAUUCGGGUGUCAUUUACGGGCGUCGAUGCCGAAAUGCGUGAAAUGAAUCAACUUUCGGGCGGACAAAAAUCACUCGUCGCUCUCGCAUUAAUUUUUGCCAUACAAAAAUGUGAUCCGGCGCCCUUUUACUUGUUCGAUGAAAUUGAUCAAGCUCUCGAUGCGCAACACAGAAAAUCCGUUGCCGACAUGAUUCACGAGCUAAGUGACAAAGCGCAAUUCAUCACGACAACUUUCCGACCCGAACUUUUAGAGAAUGCGCACAAAUUCUACGGCGUUCGUUUCAGAAAUAAAGUCAGUCACGUGGAUUGUGUCACACGAGAAGUUGCAAGAGAUUUCGUUGAAGACGAUACCACGCAUGGUUAG